AGUGAAUCAUUUUGUAACAAAGAGUACGCGGAUUAAACGUUUUUGUGGUUUACAAUACUUUAAAGGCUUCAAUUGUGUCUAUAAGUAAUAUGGUGCAGUAUUAUAGUGAAAAUAGUGACAUUUUUCAAGAGUUUAUCUAAGAUGCUUUCUACAGCCUCCUUUGGGUAAAGAAUCUUAAUCCACCGAGGAACUAAGAACUAAAAAUUGUCUGGCGUCAGAAAACCUAAAUACUUCCGUGCUUAAAUUGAAUCAUAAUUUUAAUAAAAUAUGAAAAAAAGAUUAUAGUGCCAAAGUUCUGGAAAUCGCAAGAAUCGGUUCCAAAAUGAGUUUACGGAAAAGCAUGGAAGGGCUGGAUGACGGAAUGAAUAGCGACAGGGAGCGGCCCUGUUACUUCUGUAACGAGCUGUUCGAGCUGGGACACCUGCAGAACCAUUUGAAGCUGUGCGGAAGCAUUCUGGAGCAGUGUCCACUGAGAUGCGGUGCGUGGAUCCAGCGCAAACACAAAGAUGCUCACGUUAAAGAAUGCCCUCAGAUGGAAAAGAGUCGCAACGCGUCGACGUCGAGCCACGCCAGCAUGCCCGCGCCGACGCCGCCCUCCGUCACGGUUAACCACACAUGGACGCCGCGGUCAAUACCGCUCGAUGACUGCGUCUCGUACUUGGAGAAAGAAGUCGCUAAUAUCAAGCUCGUCAUCACCGAAGAGUCCAGCCACAGAGAAGUCCAAUCGACGGAGUUGGAGACGCUACGUUCGAAGCUGGUGUUAGUCGAGGAGAGGAGCCAGCAUUUCCUCUCGACCCUGGUGUCGCUGCGAGCCGCGGUGGACGACGAAGCUAGCAGGUCCGCCAACUGGGCGGCGCAGUUUAAACACGACUUGGCGAAUGUUCAGUUAGCUUUACAGGAGCUACAAAGCCAGCAGCUGACGACGGUGAUGCGGCUAGAAAGCACUGUGAGCAGCCUCGUGCACGAGCAGCACGAGCGGGAGCUGCUCGAGCAGGCGCUCACGCAGCACGAUAAUAGGAUCAGGGCCGUCGACAGACUUGAGGACGUAAUAGCAUACCUGAAGCAGACAGUGGAGGAGGAACGCGAGAGGAACGCUGAAAAUCGCGCCGCUCUAGAGAGUGAGUUGUUGGAGGCGCGCCGGUCCUCCGUGCAGCUGGCCCAGCUCUCAACGCUGAGGGCUCAGCUUAUGAACAAUAAUGCGGAGAGACCGUCGAUAGACCGCCUGGCAGUUCUGGAAGUAGCUACGGCGGACGCGAGGGCCGAGGCGUCAGAGCAGGCCACGAGGAUGGACAUAGUGUCCAGAGACUUGAGGGCUCUCACCAAAUCCUAUCACAAACUGCGUACGGAGCUCGCAGACUUCCAAACUAGGGUCAGCUUCGACCAUCAGGACAUGGGAACUGAUAAUGGACACUUUAUAUGGCGGAUAGACAACUACGCGGCUCGCAUGAAAGACGCGAAGGACAACGAGACAGUCCUGACGAGUCCCAUAUUCCGCACCAGCAAAUACGGCUACACUCUAAAGGCCGAGUUGAACCUGAACGGUAUAGGCAAAUGGAAGGGGCGGCAUAUAACGUCUACAGUGCGGCUUGUGGGGGGGCCCUACGACCCUCUACUCGAGUGGCCCUGCGACUUCACCAUCAACAUCGUGCUCAAAGACCAACCGGCGAACAGAAGACAGGCAAACGACAUAGUAAAGACGUUGCAACUUCGUCGUAAAUCGUCGUCGAAACGUCACGACUACGACGAGGCGGAGGACGAGAAGACCAAAUCGAACGAAGCUCUUGACAAAUCGGUGCUACAGAUGAAGAGACAAUAUAUAUUUAUUCCACACUCUAAUCUCGACAAAUUCGAAUACAUUAAGAACGAUGUCAUGUUUAUUGAGUUUGUUGUUAAUCAGUAGGAUAGCGAAUUUAUUUUAAUUAUUUUAGAACUGAUUUAUCAAACGUCAGAAAUGUUAAAUAAAUUAUAAUCAGACUGAAUACCGAUAGUAAAGAAAUCCAAAAAAAAACUAGUUCGGAGUAUAUCGGACUGCCGAUACGAUUGUCCGCAGUUUCAAAAUCCAAGGGCACGAACUUCUGACUCUUCUAAAGUUAAGUUUGGGUUAAUUAUCUAACUCCAUUUUUUUUUAUAUUUGAUGUUAUAAGUCGCUUAUUGCACUUUAAUCUGUUGAUUGAAUAACUAGACCUUAAGUAUUAUAGAUAUAGUCAUCCAAAAUAUUUAUAAGUACUAUGUAAGUAUAAAAAUCGGUUCGCCUUAAAUAUUAUUAUUAAUACUUUCCUCGACUUUAAAUACGUAUUCCAUGACUAUUAUGUUAAUUUAUAAAGAAAUGUGUAGUCAUUUUCCACCGAUUAUAAUUACUUUUUAAAAAAAUCAUGAAAAACAAAACCGACAACUUUUCAACUUGUUAAAAAAUAUUAUUUUAAAUAUAUUUAAUUUGUGUAAAGAUUUAAAAUGUUCAUUUAUUAUAUUUGAUAUUGAAUA